AUUCUCUCUAGCAGCCCAGACCAACGGGUAGUUGGGAGUCGCGGGCAGUGCAGCGUCAGCCACUUAGAGAGUUUUUGCCGCCGACCCGAAGCCACCAAGGCCAGCUUCGCGGCGCUGCCCCGCGGCGGCAGAGAAGGCUGCACCAGAGACCAGAGCAGAGGCAGCAAGCAGGAGUGGGGCAGGCAGCCAGCGGUGCGGCUGGGGCGCUCACCCUCCCGCGGUCCGGGAGCCACGCGAGCUCCGUGCCCGCACGCGCCAGCCCCGGCUCGCGCCUUUCUUUGCGUCCGGGUGCCCUGCCUCUCCGCCCACUCGCCGGCUCCUCUGGGCUGCCGCGGACCGAGUUGCAGCAUGAAUCUGAGGCUCUGCGUGCAGGCGCUGCUGCUGCUCUGGCUCUCCUUGACUGCAGUUUGUGGAGUGCCACUGAUGUUGCCUCCAGAUGGAACAGGGCUAGAAGAAGGCAGCAUGCGCUACCUGGUGAAGCCCAGAACUUCGAGGACUGGACCAGGAGCCUGGCAGGGAGGCAGGAGGAAAUUUCGCAGACAGCGCCCCCGGCUCUCCCAUAAGGGCCCCAUGCCUUUCUAAAGCAGGAUUGAGGGCUCUCCAAGUGCCCUCCUGGUGCCGGUCUCUCUACUCCACAGAUGAGUUCUCUUCUCUGGAAUCCUCACAUCAAUUUGGCUUUCAUCUUGCACCUGUUCUAGCUGCUGCUGAUGGUCCCGGCUCUUCUCACCCACCAAGUUCCUCUAAUGGCGUGGUCUCGCCCCUCACUUGGAUGAUUUCAUUCCUCUCACAAGGAUCCCUUUGGCCCAUCCUCCUGGCCACUCCUUGGACUGCCCUUGGAGACCCAGGUUCUCCUUGACCUGUUCCAUGCGAUAGUCCCUAUCUUUCAGCCGUAGCCUUCUCUUGGCUCCUCCCUCUUUUCAUUUGCCUUGGGCACUGGACAAGAACACUCCCUUCUCCAUUGGAUUCCUGCACAUCCAUGCUUUCUUAUCAAUUGGACCUCUUGCCUGGAAGGGAGUACCGAGAUGUGCAAUGAGACUUUGGUUGAGAGGGAUUGGGUGUUGGGGUCCAGAAAAGGUGCACUGGGGAAACUGAAUGGUGGGCAUGAGGAAGGGGUGUGGAGAAAUAGCUGUCACAGCCUCUUCCUUAGCUCUCUCUGGCCCUGUUAAAGGAAGAUGCAAAGGAGAGGAGCCCAUGAAGUACUAUGUCACCGUGUCUCCUAAUAUCUUCGCUCUCUCUGUUCUAUUGCAGCUAGUUCAGUCCCCAGGUCAGAAGGGGAGAGUGCGGAUCCUGACAUGGUUCUAUACUCUUCUGGGAGUAAUUUUGCCAAAAAAAAUAAUCCCAACCAAUCAACCAAACAACCCACAGAAAAUCAGAGCCCAAAGGACCCUUGAAGAUCACUUAGCUUCCUUAUGCAAAAGCUUGCACAAAUAGGCCCUGGAGAGGGAAGUAACUUGCUUAGAGCCACUGCAGAGCCCCACAGGGCACUAGGGCCCUCAACUCCCACUUUAUGAUGCCCUUUUUCCUCUUGAUGAUGUCCUUUCAAAGCAAAUGAAGUGCCUUUUGCUGGGUUUAGUGAAGCGGGUGGCUAGGAAGGAAAAGCAGGGAGAGACAGGCCAACUGUGAACUGCUUUGUGUGAGAAUGGAGCGUCUCCCUCCCAAUGUGGCCUGGAAGAGUCCCUAAGUGGUGAGAUAUACCCCACACAGGCCUAUUCCCAGGCUCAUGCCAUUUUAAUUGGGGUUCUCAGGCACUGAAACUACCAUUUAGCCCCUGACACUGGUUGUCAUGAAUCCCUGUGUUGACUGUGCCCUUGAUCUUGGGGCUUUUGGGGGAUGGAGAAAGGCAAAGAAAGGAAGGAGAGGUGGAAGAAGGAAGGAGAGAUGGGAGGAUGUGUAGGUGGGAUCUAUCACUCCACCAAGGGGGUCUCAUCUCUCACCAGGAGCCUUUUGUAGCCCUUCCCUGAAGGGAGACUCUCAUCUUCUCUGCCUGAGCACAUGUUCUUCUCAGAGGCCUCUCAGGAGGGAGAAAAGAGAAGACAGAAGCUUGAUAUUCACUUAUAUAUGUGUAGGGUAGGGGGAGUCAGGACCCCCAAGCCCCAUAAUAACCUGAUUGCCUAUUCAUCCUUCCCCAAAGCCUUCCUAUCUGCUGCUGCUAAUGCUGCUGCUGCUGCCUCUGCUGCCGUUUCAAGGCCCACCCUGGGGAGCAGGGCCAGGCAUAGCGUCCUCACCUCUUGGGCUAGAAGUGGGAGCUGGCUGGUGCCUCUUCUACUGCUGGUACCCCUACCAGGGACCGGGCCUUCUCCGUCUUUGUUGUUUCUGCACCUCCUGCCUUAUCAGCCUGCCAUGGCCAGCCCCACAGGGAAAGGGAGGGGGGAUAUUGGCUGAGAAAGAGGAGAGAUAGAAGCACAAGAGGGGAGUGAACGGGCCCAGUGGGCUGUCUUAUUUAAAGUGGUUGUGUGUGAUUCUUAUACUAAUUUAUAUAGAGAUAUUAAGGCCCUUUGAGUUAGAGAAACUGUCCCCUUCCCAUAAGUGUGUUCGCUAUGUUUGUAAAAAUUGUUCCAUGUAAAUAUGUCUUUAUAAUAAAGAGUUAAAAGUUGACAGUUUGCCCUUACUCUUUGAGGUCAUAUUCAGGAGGGGCAUUCUUUUCCUCCUAGGGCCAAUCUUGUCCCUGUGCCCACAGAUUGCACGUGUAGGGAGGUCAGUGCUUGUAUCCCAAAUUGGUUCUAGGUCAACUGGCCUCAAACUGAUUUGCCACAAGCUCACAAAAAGACUCGCUAUGCUUAAGGGCCAGUUCACAUAAAUUUGAGCCCCUUUUAAGUCCUUUGGCAUCUGUUCGAAUGUCCUCAUUUUUCUGGCAGUGUCACUUAAAGGAUUUUUUUUUCAGAAGCAAUUCAUUUAAGGACACACUGAUCAAAGGUGGGAUUUGUACCAAACGCUGUUUUGUAGCCCUGGUGGGUGUCUUCUGUUUUAUCUGCUUUUGAAUACUUUCGGGACUUUUUAGCCAGUUUGCCUUUCUUGACAAAUGUUGUCCUCAGCCAUAAAUACAUUUGGUAAUGACUUUGUAUGUAUCGUUUUAUUGUUUCACAAAGUGGAGUUGCUUGAUGAAUGAGAUAACCUGGAAAAUAAACUUCGAGGAGUUCGAUA